UUGAUCCACCCACCUUGGCCUCUUAAAGUGCUGGAAUUACAGGUGUGAGCCACUACACCCAGCCCGGGCCCACGUGUUCUUGAACAAAUGUAGGUUUCUGUGUGUGCCUGUCCUAUGCAGAGUCCUCUGAAGCCCAGGGCUCAGAACAGUGGCCCCUCUUUCUAGGUGCAAGGGUAGCACUGCAGGCUUUCACAGGAUUCCUGUGGCUACCUGGUUGGGGCUGUUCAGGAUGAUCCAUAGGAGUUAGCCUAACACCACUCUAAAGUCAGAUGUUGAAAGACAAGGAUCAAAGAGAGUUGAGCAAGUGAGCAAGUUGGAGAUAAUUACAAGCUUCUUAAGAGAACACUGUCUUUUCCACACUGGGAGUAUUCUCAUAGAGCCACACACAGCACUCCACAGAUGGAAAACCUCCGAAUGCUCCCAGCUGACCAUAUUUGCCACUUCAUGAACACUGCAACAUAACACAAGAGGAUGUCUAUUUCCCCAAGCCCUGUGCAGACCAAUUUUGAUAAUGUUAACUGUCUGAAUUAAGUUGCAGUUUCUCUCAUUCAUUUAUUCAACUUAUACUUUGUUUUACUAUUGGUAUUCUGGCCUCCUCCACCUCUUUUCCAAAUAGUAAGACAUUUUGCUUUAGGGGAAGAUACUGAGGAAGCCAGUGCUUUGCCAAUUUCAUCAAAGAGAAGAGCACUUAACACUUAACCCCUAAACGCCUUCAUUUCCUUCUGCUCUGCUGUUUUGGACUUGGCAAAGCUUUACUCAUGUCCAAAAAGAUGAAAGGGGAGUGGGGAGACCCAAAGCAGUAGUAAUUAGUGCUGAGCCUUCACCAAGUUGAGUGGCUGGGGUUUUCCUUCAGCACUUGCUUCCUUUGUAUCUCUGUUUUUAGCCACGCUUCAGUCAAGACCCAAAUCCUGCUGCUUUUUUUUAAUCAUAAGAAAGGAUUUAAAUAUAAAAUUUUAUACACUAAACACACUCAAAGUAAAUAUUCAGUCUCUGGAUGGAGACAGAUUGUCUAGAUGACUAAUGGAGUCUAUCAACUGUUCUCUAAGUUCUUCCCCUCCUUUUAAUCUUUGAAAGUCUCUCUUCAUCUAGCCUGUUCCUGGUGCUCGGAGUUGAAGCAGCCGUAAUGCAACCAAGAGGCUUCCCUCCAUCAACACACUGAGGCUGCCAUAACAGAGAGAUGGAAAGAGCCCAGUUCUCCAAGGACAUUGCUGAAUCUUUGCACCAACUCUGAUAGCACUACUUCCAGACUGUAUUUCAUGAGGUUAAUAAACCUCUUUGAUAUGCUUGACUCGGGCCACAUGAGAAUAACAGAUCUUUGGGCAGUCCAAGCAAGAGCCUCCUGAUCUAGCAGCCAAGACUGCCGCUGACCUUUGGCCAUGUACCCCAACCCUCUCAUCUAUUGCACCUGCUGGGACCCCUGGAACUUGGGACCACGGAAGCUAAUCAAGACCCCUCAUCUACCACACAAGAACUCCACAGGGAGGUCCAAGCUAACUCCUCUUCUACCAGCUCCAAAAAAUCACAAUUACCUCCAACCAACAAAACCUGUUGUUUCCCCAAAAAAGAAAAUCCAUGCAGCAAGGCAAGAAGAGAGCAAUAAAUCAUUUUAUGAAGUGAUCAAUGUGUCACCUGGCUAUCAACUUGUUCGGAAUCGGGAACAGAUUUCUGUCACCUUAGGGGAUGAGAUGUUUGAUGGGAAAAAGCGGUGGGAAUCGGAGAUCCCGAACAAAGACAGAUUUUCCAGGACCAACAUCAUUUCUGACCUGCAAGAGCAAAUUUCAGAGCUGACAGCAAUAAUUGAACAAAUGAACAGAGACCACCAGUCUGCCCAGAAAUUGCUCUCCAAUGAAAUGGACCUCCGCUGUGCUGAGAUGAAACAGAACUUUGAAAACAAGAACAGGGAGCUUAAAGAGGCCCAUGAAGCAGAACUCAGUGAGUUGGAGAACAACUACAAAACAGCCUUGAAGGCGGAGAAGUUGGCUGCCCAAGAGAAGCUAGAGGAGAUGGGAAAAGAAUACAAGUAUUUGAAGAAUAUGUUUCGUACGUAUCAGGACAGUAUUUAUGAUGAAAUGGAAGAGAAGUGGUCAAAACAGAAGGCAAAAUGGAAGAAGGAUGAGAAGUUGGAGCGAGAAAAUAUCCUGCUACAGCAAAAAAAAAAGAAGAUGACCAAAAAAUUCGAAUUGGAGUCAGGAGAAGAAGAGAAGAAAAUAAAUGAAUCCUGCGGCACUGUCUUUGAGAACUUCAUUCAAGAGAAGGAGGAGCUCUUGAAACAACAUCAAAGUGAUACCUUGCAAUUAGAAGAGCUGAGAAAAACCAAAGAGGUCAUGGAGGAAGAAUUGCAUGCACAAGCCCUCAUCCUAGAGUCACUUAACGCAAACCUCUACUAUACCCAGGUGGAACUCCAAAAAGAGAAAGCUAUAGUGGGAAAUCUGGAGAAAAUGCUUCAAACCAAGUGUGCUGAAACUGAAGAAAAGUAUAAGUACACCAUACAGAUCCUGAUGGAAGAGAACAUUCAUCUGAAGCAAAAGGUAAUUUCUAAGAAUGAAGAAAUGUAUGAAGAAUAUUCUGGGAGAUUGGCCUCUAUUACUGUUUCUAAGGAUGAUUCUGACACCGUGGAAGAUGGUAGCAAGAAAAGACAAGAAUCAUAAACAUAAAGUCGCUCUCCAUUGUUGAAGAUGGUCGGCACACCAUUUCUGUAGGCCCCGGAAACUCCCGGCAGGGUUUUCUUCAGAACAUGUGUAUAAUGAGUUUAGUUCUUGGGUUGCUCUGACUCUAUUUUUGCUCUAUUCUAAGUGGCUGAAAAUGUUUGAAUUCUCAUCUGAAUUUCACAGCUUAUCACGGACGCUUCAUUGAAAAAUGAUGCUCUCCGUACUGGGAGCUGAGCUUUCUCUGAGUUUUGUACUAUUUUUCUUCCACCUUUAUGUAUUUCAUAGGAAAGAAAUAGAUUUGAAAGCC